UUUUCAAAGCCGCCACUAGCAAAUGCCAACUUUCUUUGCAUGCUGAAUUCUGACCAGGAUUUUGUUGGGAGACGAAUUAUACACGACCAACGAGCUACCGGCCGUAAAACUGGAACGCAACCGACAAUGACACAAAUCACCAGUCCACCUCGUGUACGGGCCCGCCGAAACAAUGCUCACCAGUUCAACCUAAUGGUAGCUGGGCACGCUUUCUCGGGAAAGACUGCAUACAUUAAAACCCUCUAUGACACCUUGGAUAUCAAAGCCAUUUGUCCCGAUGACGGAGAACAAGUUACCGAAAUCCUUCCACCGGAUGAUAUUACUGCACCAACUGCUUCAGCUGCCCGGAUCGAGUUUGAAAUCGAGCAACCAGGGGAGCGUAUCUCACUGCGGAUUAUAGACACCCCUGGAUUACCCAUUCCGAGGAAUAUUCACAAAGACCAGGACCAUAACGAAAAGCAUGUCAAAGUUGCUAAACCAUUCGUAACGUCACUCGUCUCAUAUCUUGAAGCUCAGUUCGAGGCUACUCUUCUUGAGGAAUCCAAAGUGAGACGGAAUCCGAAAUCUCCCGAUUUCCAAAUCCACGCCUGUUUGUAUUUUCUUGAUCCCCAGGUGUGCUUCGCCUGUCGUGGAAUCACCGCCAUAGAUCGCUAUGCUCUGGAACAGCUGUGCUCAAGAGUGAACGUAAUAGUAUGCUUUGCAAAGGCGGAUCUCCUGACUGUGAGGCGUUUGCGAACCCUACGAAAUCUUGUCGUAGAAGACUUGGCAAGGUUUGGAAUUCCCGUAUUUGCGUUCCCCGAAGAUCCAGACGUGGAGUACGACAAAGAUGCAAUAGAGCUGAACGAAGAGCUACGAGCAAUGCUACCUUUUGCGAUCGUUAAUGCGGAAGAACCUGAAUUGGAAGAUGACGCUCCUGUAGACGAUGACGCAUCUAUCCGCAAGACCGAGUCACCCCGCAUUCUUGGGAGAGAGUAUCCAUGGGGAAUUGUAGAGGUACAGAACCCGUCGCAUUGCGAUUUUUUGCGAGUCAAGGAAACCCUCUUUAUUACCCAUCUACACGAACUGAAGCUUUUAACCCGUGAACUAUAUUACGAGCAAUGGCGCACGGAGAAGCUCUUGGAGGUUAGGACAUCUGUCUUAAAUGGCAGUAUCGACCGGAGGGAUAGUUUUGCCACCACGUUGACCGCAGAAACUGUAAAAACCAGAAACAUGGAGGAGGAGAUCGCGGAUGAAAUGCGUGAAAGGCGUUUAAAGAGCGAUCAUUAGCUAGAAUAGAUUUCGUCAUGUAGAUGGCACAACAUAUAAAGUUUAGUUAGAUGUAGUAGCAAUCAUGUAUAGUUUGUAGGAUAGAUUGUCUUUCACUGCCUCCGUGAGGGUCGCUAAUAUGCACGUACGUCUUAUUCAUCGAACUAGUUACACAGUGG